AUGUCGGUUCAGGAUAUGAAGCUACAACCAGGCACUGACGUCUCGCCUACCCCGCAUCGACGUGUGGAUGCGCCCGAAACACCAGUUAAAACUCCGUCCGAGGUGGAAAAGACAGCCAAGGCCGAGCCUGAGAUUCAUGUAUAUCCAGCGAUUGGAGAUCCCACUCCCGUUCGACCAAUCGACGCCGGGAUCGACAAUGACGACCUGUUUCCAGAAGGCGGUCGCGGAUGGCUUGUCAUUCUUGGUUGCUUUAUGCUGUCGGCCAUGACAUUGGGUUUUGGGUGUGUUGAACUCAUGGUUGCGGAGUAUUAUCGCCAUAACAUACUUGUCGGGACUUCAGAUUCGGUGUUGGGGCUAUUGGGCUCCACCCAAGGCGCGGUCGGAACCCUAUCAUCUUUAUUCAUUGGAAAACUAGGAGAUAGAUACGGAUACAAGGGUGUCUUGCAAGGCUUAGCAACUGGGCUUUGCUUCCCUUUUGUUUUGGCAUAUCCUUCGCAAUGGUUCAAGCGUCGACGUGGGCUCGCCACCGGCAUCGUCGCCGCCGGUAGCUCGUUUGGAGGAGGAACUGCCACACUCAUUCUAAGAGCAAUGCUUACACAUAUAUCAUUCAGAAAUACCCUACUUAUCUACGCUGGAAUUCACUGUGUCUUCAUGUCCAUUGCAAUAUGUCUGGUCAAAGAAGGGCCAGCUGGUGCAGCGACGAGAGCCAUUCGUGGCCGCGCAGGAUGGGCGGAUAAGGAAGUUUUGAAAGAUCCAGUAUUUUGGUCGACCGCUCUCUCUAUGGGCCUGUGUAUAUUUGGCUUCUUCAGUCCGUAUUUCUUUAUGCCGACAUACGCCGCUUCCCGCAUUCCAACACUCUCAGCCCAAUAUACCGUUUUACCUUCUUCCAUAAUGAAUUUCUCAUCAGCCCUAGGACGCUCGCUUGUAGGACUGGUUGCUGAUUCAAUCGGACCAGCCAAUGCAUUCAUAUGUGCCAUUACAAUCAGCGCACUUAGUCAAUUAUUGAUUUGGAACUUCGCCUACAACUACGUUACGAUCAUGGUAUUUUCUGUUGCUUUCGGUGCAACUGGAGGGUGCUUCCUUUCUCUCAUGACCCCAUUGGCUGCACAAUUAUUUGGCACACGCAACCUCGCCGGGCUAACUGGCACAUUCAACUUUUUUAUGACUCCCGGGAAUCUCGCAGCUGCUCCCAUCGCCGGCUUGAUCUUGAGCGCUUCAGGAGGCAACUGGCACGCUCCAAUAUCGUACAGUGGAGGGGUGCAGCUCGCAGCUAUUAGCCUUAUGCUCUAUUCACGAUUGAGACGUCAACCUGCUUUAUUCGCCAAAUUUUGA